CCCGCCGUCGCCCCCAAGCCCUCAGCAAGCCAGGUACUCAAAAUGACGCACGACGCUGUCUGGUUCUCCCGCCCACGCAAGUUCGGUAAGGGCUCCCGCCAAUGCCGCCUGUGCUGCCAUCAGGCUGGUCUCAUCCGCAAGUACGGCCUCGACCUCUGCCGUCAGUGCUUCCGCGAGAAGUCGCAGGCGAUCGGCUUCACCAAGAACCGAUAGAGUGGUUCUAGCGCAUUUCUAUGCCCGCGUCCGCUUUGCAUCUCUCUCUCAUCCGCUAUCAUGUUGCUGUAUCGCUCUUGUAUGCCCAUAUGCCAUGCACCCAACAAGAGACUUCCCUGAGCCAGGGCCCACUGCAUCCCGUUCUCCCGCCAUUUAUCUGCAAGACGUCGCCCUAUUGUGUUAGUACUACGCGCAGGUCAAUCGAUCGACAGUUCUGAGCUUC